AUGGAAAGUACUGAUUCGUCGACGGGUUCGCAACAGCCGAAUCUCCCGCCGGGGUUUCGAUUUCAUCCUACUGAUGAAGAGCUUGUUGUUCAUUAUCUCAAGAAAAAAGCAGCUUCUGCUCCUCUGCCUGUAGCCAUCAUAGCUGAAGUUGAUCUCUACAAAUUUGAUCCAUGGGAACUACCAGCUAAGGCAACGUUUGGGGAGCAAGAGUGGUAUUUCUUUAGUCCAAGGGAUAGGAAGUAUCCUAAUGGAGCGAGGCCAAACAGGGCAGCAACAUCGGGUUAUUGGAAGGCAACGGGUACUGAUAAGCCGGUAUUGACUUCAAAUGGAACACAAAAAGUUGGUGUGAAGAAAGCUUUGGUUUUCUAUGGUGGAAAACCUCCAAGAGGAAUCAAAACCAAUUGGAUCAUGCAUGAGUAUAGGCUUGCUGAUAAUAAGCCUAAUAAUAGGCCUCCUGGUUGUGACUUGGGCAACAAGAAAAACUCUCUUAGGCUUGAUGAUUGGGUUUUGUGUCGGAUCUACAAGAAAAGCAACACACAUCGAUCACCGGUGGAGCACGAUAGGGAAGAUUCAAUGGAAGACAUGAUAGGAGGAGUACAUCCGUCGAUCAACGUGGGUCAAAUGAAUGCGGCGACAAGAUUUCAUCAUUUUUCAAAGAUAUCAUCAAGUAGUUACAACAAUACAUUGUUGGAAACUGAUCAAAAUUUACUAGAAGGAAUGAUGAUGAACAACAACAAUUUAGGAGGUUCAAAUUCAAAGGGAGGAGAGUUAUCUUUUGUACCAAGCAUGACAACAUCUUCAAAUGCAAAUUCACCUUCCAAGAGAACACUCUCUUCUCUUUACAAUUGGAAUGAUCAUGAAGAUGUUGCAGCUCAAGUUGGUACUUCAUCAUCAAACAAAAGGUUCAAUUUAGAAAGUGUUGUGAGAAAUGAUCAUCAAGAAAAUGGUACUUCUUUUGCUUCUCUCCUUAAUAAUCUUCCUCAAACAUCUUCAUUGCAUCAACAACAACAACAACAAACAAUGUUGGGAUCAAUACCAUAUCAAAUUCAAGGCAUGAAUUGGUAUGGUUAA